GAACUUAAAGUGACCGGACCCAGACAUUUAUAGUAUACUACUAUACUCUGCACAUAUUCUUCAUCGCCGGACUCUCUCCUGCCGUCGCUAUGGCUUCUUUUUCUAUAGACGUAGUAGCGCCCUUUCUGGGGAUAGCCAAGCGGAGGGUCACGCCAACCCUAACCUACACCCUAAUUCCUCAAGUAUGGAGAACCGGCUGCUCUCGGAGCGGGAGCUCCCUAUUCGCUUCAUCAUCAUCCUCAACUGUUCGUUCAAGGAGUAUCUCUACUGCCGCGUCCAGUUAUUCCCCAAAAUGGAGGCGCUUGUCUAGGAGGUUCACUGCCUGUGCGACCACAACUUCCACUCCGCAAGGCGAAGGUUCUGAAGUCUUGACUGAUAUUAUGCACGAUAAUCGCAUUCCUGCUACAAUUAUCACCGGUUUCCUAGGUUCUGGAAAGACCACAUUGCUAAACCACAUAUUGACUGCCAAUCAUGGAAAGCGGAUUGCAGUUAUCGAGAAUGAGUAUGGCGAAGUGGAUAUUGAUGGUUCUUUGGUUGCUGCAAAAACUUCUGGGGCUGAAGACAUUGUCAUGCUUAACAAUGGAUGUUUGUGUUGCACGGUGAGGGGUGAUCUUGUUAGAAUGAUUGCAGAAUUAGUCAGUAAGAAGAAAGGGAGAUUCGAUCAUAUUGUAAUAGAAACAACAGGCUUGGCAAAUCCAGCACCAAUUAUUCAGACUUUCUACGCUGAGGAUCAAGUAUUUAAUGAUGUUAAGCUGGAUGGUGUUGUAACAUUAGUUGACGCAAAACAUGCUGGUCUUCACCUGGAUGAAGUCAAGCCAAAGGGAGUGGUUAAUGAAGCAGUAGAGCAAAUUGCGUAUGCUGACCGUAUUAUAGUGAACAAGACUGAUCUGGUUGAUGAAGCAGCCAUGGCUUCCUUGAUUGAACGCAUUAGGAGAAUAAAUCAAAUGGCACACCUGAAGAUGACAAAAUACGGAAAAGUUGAUAUGGAAUAUGUUCUUGGUAUUGGAGGAUUUGAUUUGGAAAGGUUAUCUUUUCACUUUUUCUUUCACGGCUUGGGUUUCCAUCCUAAGAGGUCAAACAUGAUAGGAGUUGUAGUUCGUAGUCUAAGGUUAUAUACGUUAUUUUUUUUAAAUUCCAUGAAUAUCCGAUGUGAGACAUGCUCUCAAACACCCAUAACAAGUAGACCUAGGGCCAGUCUCUUGCAAACUUGUCACAGAUGUUCACAUUCUGGCUGCAGGUGUUACUAGCUCUCAUUAGUCUCAUAUAAUAUAAAAACUUAUGGGUUUUAUUGGGGUAAUUUUCUUGGAUUUACUAGCUCUCAAUGUUUUUAUAUUUGUGCAUCAAUGUCAUUCAGGGAAACUCAUAUCAACAUUAAUUUGUCUCGCUUGCUCCAUUGUUUG